AAAAAAAAGAAGAAGAGAAAAAACCCACAGGAUUAGUCACACAUUUUCCUACCAAGUGUUUUUUACGUGCUUUUUUGCCGGUGCAACAACAAUUCAACGAAAAAAAAAACAACACAUCAGCGAGGAGAAGAAUUCCCAAUUCGAAAAGAAAAAAAAAGAAUUCCAAUACCAAUUCUUUUUUACCUGAGUGGCAGCAGUCCGAGGACAGCGAACGAAAGAAGCAGAUCCGAUCGCAUCUCUAUAAGCUGCGAGAGUCGCGACUUUGCAACCUCUACAGGCACGAAACGGAUCCAAUGUCGGAGCCCAACGGAAACGGACAUGGCAACGUGAACACGCUGGCCGGCUAUGCAGGAAAGGAUCCGUUAGCCACCAGCCAUGGUGAUGCUCUGCUUGACCAGAACUUCCAGAGCCUUAAGUCCAAGGAGGUUCGCGAUUCGACCAGUCCUACCCAUGAGCUGCGUUUCCACUCGAUGACUCUUAGCCAGCCGAACACCACAGGUUGGGAUGUCCAAACCUCAUCGGAGGUCAGUCCCGAUGGACGGGCCUAUCGCACCGAAACUCUGGCCAAAACAGAUGGCGUGGAGAAGCUCAAUGGUGGUGGCCUGGCUGAGUUCAAAGGUCGCAACGAGCAGCGCUCGAGUGCAUCGCACCAGGGCGAUGACAAGAACUUUGUGAAGGAGGCUUCGGAUAGCUCGAAGACUCAGCUCCAAGAGACGGUGGUCUUUGGGGAUGAGACCAGCGGUCGCACCGAGAUGAAGAUGAGCUCCACAUCGACCUCGUCCUCCUCCAAGGUAGUGUCCUCGUCGUCUACUGUGGAAUACGGUGAUGAGCCGCGUUAUUUGCUGGAUAGCCAGGAGAAGCCAUAUCAUCAGCAGCAACAGCAACAUCAGCGCGAGUGGGAGCAGGAUCAGAGACGUCAGGAGCAGCGCAUUCAAGAGCAAUUGCAGCGACAGGAGCAACAGAUUCGCCAAGAGCAAUUGCAGCGCCAGGAAGAAUUCCAGCGGCAGGAGCAGAUUCAACGACAGGAGCAAAUACAGCGCCAGGAGCAACUGCAGCGCCAGGAGGAACGAUUCUCAGAGAGUCGCGAGCAAAGUAAUAGCACCCGAAAUGUCCAGACCCAGCAGCAUUACGAGGAGAAUAAGCGCUAUGUGGAUAUGGAUAAGGCUUCUCCUGAGUAUCAGCGUCAUGUUCAGCACUUGAUGGAGCAGCCCGGGGAGAUAAUCUCCAAUACGGUGGAGUAUCCCAAGCCAAAUGUCAAGAUGAUUACAACGGUUAAGCGGCUGCCAGAUGGAACCAUUGUCAAGAACAAACGCUACGAGACGGAGCAACUUACUCCCAGCCAGAGUCAGACAACCCACAGACAGACCAACAACCAAACCAACAAUCAGAUCCACAAUCAAACCCGUAACCAGACCCACAAUCAGCGACGUGCACAGGAUGUGCAGGAUAGUCAAGUUCGCGAUGUGGUGGAAAAUGUGGAGCAGAAGCAUGUGACGGAGUCGCAGAGCUACUCCUCGGUUAAGAAGUCCAGCCGACGUUUCUCCACGGAGACUACCUCGGAAACUGUAGAGGAGUACGAUGAUCGUGGUCAGCCUUUGUCCAGGGUGGUGCAGAAGACACAGACUCCCUCGUAUGCCCAACCUUCUCACUCACCACGUCAGUCACCGGCCAAGGACUUCAGCACUCAUGGUUUCCCAUCGGUGCGCCCGAAUAAGCCCACCCAGGAAUAUCCCUCUCAAAGACCCGGUCCCGCCGGCGAAGAGGUAGUGGUGGUGCGUUCGGAGAAGAGCCGCCAGGUGAAGCAACAGUCUAGCUCGCAGCGAACCACCGAAACGGAGGUGGUGGGUGAUGAUUACCAGCAGCCACAGAGAUCCCCACAGAAGCUAAGGGAGGCACCAUCGCCCAGUUGGGAGCAACCCACCACCAGACGUCAUCCGGUUGAUGAGGAUUUCAGCACCCAUGGUUUCCCUUCGGUGCGCUCAACCACUCACCGUCCGGAUCAACCCGAUGGCGAGGUGUUGCAGACUUCCAAGACGGUGAGUCGCAAUCAGAGCGCCAAUCGCAAGACGAACACAGAGCAUAUCAUUGAGACCCAGGUGGAACAUCCACAUGCUCCCACUCAUUCUACACCACGAACUGGAAGUCCGCGUCGAUCUCAACCACGCGAGGAUUACGGUAGCCAUACUGUUAGUUCACCUCGUGGACCAGCUGGCAAACCGAGUCAAUCUCGUCCCACUACCACUGGAGGUAGCACCACCACAAAGACGACCACCACUUCGGAGCCGUUGACGCGGCGACAGUUGCAAAAGGAGCGUGAAGUGGAUGCCGCCCAUCGGGCAUUUGCCGCCUCGCUGCGCAGCAGUUCACCGGCUGACAGCACCACCUCGGUGGGUUCGCACCAUCAGACGCCACGAUCGAGUGUCUCCUCGAAUCGCACCUUCCGUCGGGAAAUGCGUGAGGGUUCGCAUGAUAGCCAGGCACCAUCGGAAUCAAGCCGAAUUAGCUCGACCACUGUGACUAGGCAUACAGGUGGCACUACCACCACCAGCACUACCAAGACCAAGACCAGCAAGCCGGUUAAGAGUCCCAGCGAGCCAAGGUCCCCAACCCCGAAAUCAGGAGGAAAUGUUAUUACCACUACGACUACCAUUAGCAGCACCACCAAGUCCAGUCCCAGUCCAGCACCAGCUUCACCCACAACCGCCGCACCAUCCACUCCAGCACCAGCCAGUUCCGCACCACCAGAUAACAAGCUAUCACAGUAUACGUAUACUACCACUAAGCCCGGCGAUAUAUUCUCUCUGCCACCAACUACUCCUCCUACUAUUAACAACGAACCAACACUAACCUCCACCACCAAAACAACAACAACAACCACCACCUCCUCCAACAACAACAACCAGAAUCAUCAGAAACCAUCUGCAAAUGGCAAAUCCGAACGCGAAUCUGAUACCGGUAACGAUACCGAUUCCCAGCCAAUCCGUAAGGUGAAGCUGAGCGCUAACGAGGCAAAGGUGGUGGAAGAGGCACCCUGUGUGCGGCGUCAAUAUUACCAACUGGGAAACGAGGGGGAAACCCCAGAGACGCCCGAGAGCUCAGGGACCCCUGCCAGCAAGAAGCCCCAUCCAAUGAGAAGGCCCCACGAUGAACAGGAGCCUCAGUUGAGGCGUAGCUCCAAGUCGCCCAGUGUGGAGCCACGUCCGGUGCAGCGGGAAACUACUUUCGAAGGUCGUCGCGUCUCCCAGCCAGAGGAUCGAGAGCUCUCGAUCGACGAGUUGAUUCUUAUCGAGCAGAUGAGCGGAGCUCCAGGCUUGCCCACAAUAUCUGCCAGACCCACACCUAGGGCUCAGAGUCCUGGAAAGCCAUCAAGCAGGGCUCAGAGUCCCGAGAAACCACAGCCUAGGGCAACUCCUAGACAAAGUCCUGAAAAGGAGCAAGUCUUGAAGCAACCACAAGGGACUAGCACACCUAGCCAUCCCCAAAAGUACAUACCUCGUGGCCAGACUCCUGAGAAGACUCCUGGAUGGACUCAUCCUCAAGUCUCUCCCCGUCAGAGUCCCGAAAAACAAUUGCCCCGAGCACAGAGUCCCGAUAAGGCUGCCCCAGCUAGUGUUUCUCCCCGCCAAAGUCCCGAAAAGCAGAUACCCAGAGCUCACUCUCCUGAUAAAGCAUCCGGACUUCCUCGUGUUUCACCUCGGCAAAGUCCCGAGAAGCAAUUGCCACAGGACAUUCCGCAGAAACCCCGUCAAAGUCCGGAGAGGGAACUAAACAGUCAACAACAACGAGAGGAGGAUAUUUUCCGUAGUACCAUUACCACAACUCAAAAACGAACCACCAACAAUUUUAACGAAGAAUUUUUAACGAACGAACGAGAAAACCAGAAUCAGCCUAACUACGAAAAGAAACCGCAAGUCCCUGGUAAAGAUGAACCGAAAACCAAGCCGCAGGAAACCAUUGAAAGUCCCGAUGGUGGAUUUCCCUCGAAGGGAACAGAAGCUGAGCCCCAGCCCGAUGAAAAAGAGCCACCCACCUAUCGGAAAAAGGGUUUGACUCGUCGUGAAACAUUCGAGGAUCGCUGUCGCCAAAUCUUGGGUAUGGAAGAAGAUGGUGACACUCAGGGAACUUUUACUCAGCGACCGAAUACCGAUCAGGAGGAUGAGAGUGUUACCCACACCACCAUAGAGACUAUUCAAGUAAAGAUUGAGGAUUGCCCUGAUGAUGAUGACGAUGAUAAGCCACGUCGUGUGACUGAAACUUUUGUGGUGCGUACGCAGCCCAAGAUCAAGGUGGAAGAGGAGCUUCUUAUUGAUGUUACUGAACCAGAGGACGUGGAAAUUCUUGCCACUUCCUCAAAAGAAACACCUAAGGAGGCGGAUAGUCCGAAAACUCCUAGAAAUGAUCAAGAGAUUCCAAGAACUCCAAAAGAACAGACUCCUGAGCGUCCCAGGAAAGACGAAACCCCAAGUUUCCCCAAGGAGCAAGAAAAGCCCAAGUAUCCGAAGGAACAAAACAGCCCAAGGUAUCCGAAGGAUACAGAAUAUCCCAAGGAGAGCCCUAGGAAUCCUAAAGAGGAUGCCGAGACCAUUAAUCUUAAUGAAGAGACCACAAUUGUCAUAACCAAGCAGGGUACCAAAUCUCCCACUUGGUCACCUUCCCCGGAACGUAGAGUUUCCAAGAACUCACAGUCUCCCUCUCCUACUGCAUCGCCCUCCGUGUCUCCUGCCUUGGCCAGAAAAACUCCAACAAAGCUGGAAUCCAGUUUUGUGACCGAAAAAGUUAUUGAUUGUCAGGAAAAAACUAUUGUUGUUGAAAAGAUCAGUCCGAGUCCUCGAACUCCAAGUCCCAGUACACCCAAAAAGGGUUCGAAGCCAGCACAAAAGGUCCCGGAAAAAAUGUUCGAAUCUGAAUCGGAGCCGGAAAAGGAUUCCGAACCAGAGACCAAGAAAAAGACCAGUGUGAGCAUUACGAAAACCGAAACCGAACGUCGCAAUUCGCGAACCACUAAGGCGAAGCAACCUGUGACCCCUAAGGAGCCGCAAACAAGGCUUCCGGCAGCAAAGAGUCCUCGCAAAGAUUCCUCAACGGGUCGCAAGCGCGAUAGUUUGGUGGAGGAGACACGAACGAGCACAACCACAACAACAACAACGCGCCAAGGACGUAAGCCCAGCGAUACUAAUGGUUCGCCCUCUAUCAAGGAUCGACUUCGAUCUUCGCCGCGCAAGCAGAAAACUUCUCCGCAACAGACCCGAACACCCACACCGGCACAAUCGCGUAACCCAGAAGAUGAUGUCGAUGGAGACUCCACUUCACCAGAUGCCAGCCCCUCGAGAGUGAGUAAUGAACGUCGCCGAUCUAGCAAUAUUUCCGUGCACACGGAGAUUAUCAUAGAUCAUGCGGCUCCUAAGUCCCCGAGAACAGAUAGACGACCACAAAGUAGCUCUGGCAGCGUUCCCAGUCCGAUUAGGAAACUACCAGUCACAGAGCGCAAGGAAUCGGCACCUGUUCCCCGAGUAACUCGUCGCGACAAAACCGAGAAGGUCACACGAUCCACCAGCGAGAAUAUUAUUAAAGUCAGCGGUAAUAAGCCUCAUCCAGAGAUGAGUAGCCUCAAGCCAGGUGGAGAAAGAACUCGACCCAAUAAGUGCUGCACCACCAAGACGAUCAAUCUGAGCGAGCAACGAAUCAACACAGCCACCGAUAUCGAAGGUGUAAUAAUCGACAUUCAGCAGGCGAAGAGCUCGAGGGAACCAUCACCGGAUAGGAUUGUGCCAACUCCAGUACCAGCUGAAGUUGAAACGGGAAAACCUCGCUAUCCGGAUGUGGUACAGGAGCCCGAUGAUGAACCGCGUCGCAAGCCGCAAGUCACAAAUAUUCCCAUUUUCGAAGAGGAAUCUCAAACCUAUGUUGGCUGUCAAAUAUCCGAAUUGCGCACCUCCAAUGGCAUAGAGGUCGAUAUCCUGGACAAUCCCACUGUGGAGGCUCCAAAGAGUUUGGAUUAUCCCGUAAAUACACCCGAUACUGACGAAAGUCUGUUGAGUGUCCACGAGAAGGUUUCCCGAUUCACCCACUCCGCUGAAAAAGUAAAGCAGCCCAAGGCCUCUGCACCUUUUAGUAGGGAAUUCGAUACUCACGCCAAGAUUCCCGAAAACGAUGAGUGUCUUCUUAGCAUUAACCAGAAGGUGGACAAGUUCUUGCGCACUGCUGAGAAUGUAAUAAGGCCUUCUUCGCUGUCGCCUCGACCAGAAAUCGAGCGGCCAGGGCUAGAGGAAAUCGAUGAAGAGCUUCUUAAGGACGAUUGUACCUUGAGUGUCUCCCAGAAAGUUCACAAGUUCAUCGAUACAGCCGAGAAGUUGGCACCCACCAUGCCACAAAAGUCGCCACGCUUGGUGGCCAACAUUGAGCGUCAUAUCUCGCGGCAAAGCGAGCCAGAGCGCGAGUUAGAUGAGGAAUCAGAGCCCGAGCUGGAUCGGGAUACAGAUGUUGAGGAUGGGAACCAAACUAGCCAUUUGGACACCGAGGAGGAAAUCACUCAGACUGUAACCAAGAAGGAAACCAUUAGGGAAUUCAAUCAGCAAACUAAAGAAACCAAGGAGACACGAAGGGAUUCCAAGGAAGAACCCAAGAAAAUACCCCAAAAAGAACCACAAACCAGGCUCAAAGAAGAACCGGCUAAGGUGCCCAAAUAUCAGGCAAAGCUUCCACAAAAAGUAUCACAAUGGGAGCCCAAAAAGCAACCUCAAAAGGAGCCCAAAACGUCCCAUUGGGAGCCCAAAAAACAACCCCUAACUAAGCUCAAAGAUGAACCAGAAAAGGUAAACAAAAGGGAACCCAAGAUGCCUCAAACAGUGCUCAAAGAGGAACCGGAAAGGGUGACCAAGAUGGUUCCCCAAAAAGAACCACGUAAGGUACCCCUUAGGCAAUCUGAGGACGAGCCGGAAUACUCCCCUGAAGAAGAAUUCGAUGAUGAGCCCUUGCCAAUGACCAAGAACCAUACCACAGCCAUCGAAGUUAAGCGUCAAAAAGAUAUCCUUAACCGUCCUUCGGUCUUUGGCCAACGCACUCCAGAACGCAAGCCCAGCACCACUCCUUCACCAACUAAGAUGAAUGGAAAUCGUGGUCGGCCAAGUCCAAGCACCAGUUUGAUUACCGAAGAGAAGAGAUCCUAUAGAAAUCAAGUGACUAAUGUGACCAAGCCGGGAACCAGAAAAACCACACCUUCGGCCGUAGCCCCUGCCCAAUCGCCAUCCCCUAAAACCACCAGCAAUUCCAAGCGAAUGGAGCAAAUCAGUCAGCAGUCCUGGGUAAUUCAAGAUGUGGAUGUGGACGUGGAGCAAGUGGGACCGGCGCCACCUUCUCACAUCAGCGAAAAGCCACACGGAAAGAGCCCAUCCCCAACGUCAUCGCGAUCACCAUCGCGAUCUCCCUCCCGAUCGCCCAGUAGACGCACCUCCACCAAUUUGAACACGACAACCACCACAACCACCACCACCACUGAGCACCGCCACCCGAGCACCACCAAGUCAACUACUCCCAAACCGACUCAGACUAAUCCAAACAAAGACGAACCCGAAAUCACACCCAUUGAAUCCCUUACAGAAAAGAGCAUCACCACCACUUACACGACGAACACCACCACUGGCCGAAAUGUGGCUAGCCGCAGAAAUGUCUUUGAGCCAACCCAGGAAUCUCCAGCUGAUUCUGAGCCCACUGGACGUCGUCCCUCGUACAUGGAUCAUACGAAGAGCUCUCUGGAGCACAUUCGACGUGAUUCACUGGAGAUCAACAAGAGUCACUACUCCAGAAAGUCCUCGGUAGAGGAUGAUUCUCCGGUGGAGCCACGCAAUCCCAACACAUCCGUAAAGUUUGAUGUGCCCAGAAAGACACCGUCAAGAAGUGCAGAUGAACCAAGGAAGACAUCGUUGAAGGGUAAGGAUGAGGACUCCGAUUUGGAGAUAGAGAUCGAGGAGAUUUUCGAUCUGCAGCGACUGGAGAAACUCUUGGAGACGGUGGCUAGCUACGAGAUGCGUCGCCGCAUUCGAGCCCAGAUGCGUCUCAUACGCAAGAACAUGAUCAAUGCAGGUACCACUACUACCAUUACUACUGUUACCACCACCACAUCUCCUGGUAAGAGUUCACCGCUUCUGAAGAAGCGAGAUCAGAGUCCUGCAGGCUUAUCUGAAAUAAAGACCAAGGAAGUUCGCACCACAACGAGCCGUCGGCAGCAACAACAGAGGGUGGAGCAGGUGGAUAGUACCACCUCAGGAACACCAGGCAAGACAUCGCCCCAGGGCAAGCCGCCAGUGAAGCCGAGGGAAAGAAGUGCCAGUCCGGCUCAAAAACGUCGUAUUAGUCCACCGGGAAAACAAUCCCCUGGAGAUAGAAGCACCACCACAACCACCAAGGUCACUACUAGUAGCACCACUCGCGGUGCCCCCAGCAAGCCUGCUCAAGGACCUAUUUGGGCAGAUCGCUCCAAGGUACUGAAGGGUCAUGCGGCUGUUCCUCAAACUAAUGGCAGCACUCCCCGAAAGGGAUCCACAUCCAGUACCACUUCGAGCAGUGGCAAGAUCACUCGCACAUUGACCAGCUCCAGCACCACCACUAGCACUAGCAGCACAACCAAUACACGCAAUAAGCAACGCGAAGAGGAUUCAAUUACCUCUAGUUACGGUGUGGGACCCACGGACGAGAAUGGACUGCCGCUCUUCGGCAUUCGUGCGCUCAAGAAGAAGACAACCCCACCGGCAGAGGAGCCCUGUGAGACCAAGCAAGAAGUCACAGGCUAUGUUAUUGAGGAGCAGUUCUACUCGGAUAAUAAGUCCCCACCUCGUCACGAGCGUAAGGAGCUGAUCUACUCAAGCAACGCUGAUGAAUUAGCUGCCAUUAAACAGCAACUGCAGGAUGAGGAUGAUAGCUCACCCCCGGAAUUGGAUGCCCGAGUGGUUAGGGAGUUCAAGAAGAUUGAGUCCCAGCAAUCGCUACCGGAGGAUGCCAGAUAUGUACGCCGCGGAUCUGUGAAAGAGCUCAGCGAGAAGUUCAUACGUAAAGAGUCCUCCUCAUCCACUCAUUCAACCCAUUCGUCGACUGCCCAAUCGGUCGUAAGGCAUGAGGAUGAAACCGAGGACGAUAGCGAAUCCAAUGAGGUUUGCAGCGUUAUCGAGGCGCCACAAAUGCGCCAAAACCAGAGUCACAUCAGUAGCACCACCCGAUCCAGCAACACACGAUCUUUCCUCAAUAGCAGUGCCGAUCAGCGUCAGGUGACCAGUGUGGACGAUGUCCUCGAGCGUAUGCGAAAUGCUGACAAUGUGGAGGAGCCCGGAGAUACUAGCGAGGAUCGUGAAGCCCGUGCUCUGCUCAACAAAUUUCUGGGAGCCAGUGUCAUUAUGCAAGGCGUCGAAAGCAUGUUGCCACCCACAGCCACUGGGCAGCGUCUAAACAGUCAAGGCGUGAAGACCACGCGGAUAACUAACACCUACAGUAAAUCCGGCAAUAGCACCACCAGCAGCAGCAGCACCACCAACAACAACAACAACAAUAGCAACAUCACCACCACAACCAGCAAGGUCAGCAGCUCCUCAGCACCAGUUACACGCACAACUUGUGACAUCGAGGAGAUUUGGGACGAGCAAAUCCUCAAGCAAUUGCUCGAACAGGCGUCCACCUACGAGGAGCGUCGCAAGAUCCGUGCACGUCUACGCGAACUUAUGGCGGACCGCGAAGAACAAAAGAAUUUGAAGCAGGAGGAGGAGAAGGAGGAGGAAAGCAGCGCCAGCGAGUAUGAGGAGAUCAUCGAGGAGGUGACCGAUUACAGCGACGACGAAGAAGAAGAACCGCCCAAAAAAGAGGAGCCCAAAAAGGAGGUCGCCAAAAAAGAGGUGACCAAAAAAGAGGUCACCAAACAGGAGGAGACCCAACAGAAAACAGCUGUGAAAAAGGUGGAAAAGACGGAGACCAAGACCAGCCAAGUCACCGAAAGUGUUAGCAAAAAGUUGGCCAAAGUUGAACUGGCUAGUAGCAGCAGCUCCUCGACAACAGACGGUGUCCAGGUUCAGGGUGAGUCCCUGCCAGCAGCAGCAGUUAAAGCAACGAAAACAGGAAUCACAGGAGCAGCAGGACCAGGCAGUAGCAACAAUAGCUUAGGUAGUAAGAAACCCAGUAGUCUUAGCAGUAGCCAGGUUAGCACAGUGGUUAGGCCCAGGGACAAAGUCAAGCCGGAAACGAUGCCGGUCACAGGAUCCGCAUCUGGAGCAGCACAGCCCAGCACAGCCAGCCGCUUAAGCGUGCCCUCGAAAGAGGAUUCCGGCACGGAGAGUGGCGAGGAUUUGCGUCUGCUGGCCGCCGGAUUGCGUGACACCCUGCAACAGCAGAGUGGUAGCGAUGCCAGCGAAGCUAAUCGUAGCCUUGUCGAAGAAGUGACCGAUGCCCUUAGCCGCCUAGAGAGCAGCCUAAAACAAGGCAAGGAACUUGCCGUUGAUGGUGGUCAACGGCAAGCUCUGCUCGGCCUGGUGGCCCGCCUCCAGAGUGGACUCAAUGCGCCCGAGAAGUUGGCGGAGGAUCAAAAGGCCAACGAGGAUCAAAAGGAUGCCGACGCGGGUAGUCCGGAAUCCGAAGCAGACAAUCGGCAAUCUCGUUUUGCCAAACGUCGCCAGCGUAACAGUCGUCACACCGUGGGCGUUAGUCGAGAGGAACUAGCGGAUGCCCGACGCUACAUGGAGGACAUGUUGAUUCUGGAAGGUAAGGACUUUGCGCUGACUAAGACGCCCAGUUCGAGUGCAGUGCCAGUGCAGCUCUACCGGCCCAAUCAGUUUGUGGCCCAACCCUCGCAGCAGCAGUCACCCAUCAAUCCACCCAAUGCGGCGCCGGUAAAUCCCAGCCAGAAUCAAUCUCAAUUGAGACCCAAUACUACCAACAGACGUCCCCUGUCCGGCGAUUAUGCCGUUAGCUUUGCCAGCUAUGAGUCGAAUCAGAAUUCCCAAAACUCAAGUCCCGAGGGCAACGGAAACUCCCCCAGCAACUCGCAAUCGAACUCCAGUUCGAAUUCCAGUCGUUUUGGUGGUGGCAAGAAGCACUUAAUGAAGCGCGCCAACACCAUCGAUAUACCCAAAGCAAAGGCAAAGUACAUGGCGGACUGUGAUUCGGAUUCGGACUUGGAGGAUGACCAUGGUCCGCACUUGGGACUAAAGCGAGCGGUGCAGGUGAGUGUCAAGCGACGUGUUCACAAUGCGGUGCCGCCGUUUGAGCCAAAAACGGAGAACGAUCACAAGUUUCUGGCCUUUAUCAACAAGCAGAGUCAUCAGACUGGCUUGGGUUGGGGCGGUGGUGGUGGCAGAAGUGUCUCGAACUGGACCCACAAGUUUGGUAAUAUCAAGCAUACCUUUGAGACCGGGGCAGCGGCCACUGUUACCAAGGGUAAACCACCACAAGUUCCGGGUCAUGUGCCGGGUUGGGCCAAACAGGAGCAGUUACAUCAUCAGCAAUUACAGCGAGAACAAAUGCAGCGGGAGCAGAUGCAACGAGAACAGUAUCAACGGGAGCAAAGGCAGCGGGAGCAGAGAGAGUUAAGUCAAAGGGACUUGAAGCAGCUUCAGCGAGAGCAACUGCAAAGGGAACAAUAUCAGCGCGAUCAAAAUCAACGAGAGCUAUCGAAACGAGAACAAUUCCAGAGGGAACAGCUGCAGCGAGAGCAGCUCCAGCGGGAACAGCUACAACGAGAGAAAUUGCAGCGCGAGCAACUUCAAAGGGAGCAACUGCAGCGAGAGCAACUACAACGCGAGCAGCUGCAGCGCGAGCAAGUCCAACGAGAACAACUCCAGCGCGAGCAGCUACAACGCGAUCAAUUGCAACAGCAGCAGCAACAACAAGCUGCUGCCGCUGUGCAAAUUGAAAGACAACGUCGCCAGGAUUUGGAAAGACAACUCCGAAUCGAACAGGAAGCGCGAUACGAACGAGAGGAGCGUACUCGCCUGGAGCGCGAAUACUACGAGCAGCAGUUGCAACGACAACAGGCCGAAAGGCAACAGCAAUUGGACAGACAACGUCAGCAACAGGAGCAACUCGAGCGACAGAGACGCCAGGAGAUGGAGCUGCGACUUCAGCAGCAGCGGGAACAGGCCGCGCAAGUCAAUAACUUUAUACACGCUCCACAGUCCGUAUUCCGUCCCAUUGAAAAUGAAACCCAACCGCAGCCUGGUAUUUACAAGCCCAUAGCUCAGAAAUCUCAACCAAAUCCGGCCAUUUGGAAACCACCAACGCAACAGCAACAACAGCCACCCCAAUCGCAGCAACAUUUGCAGGCAAGAUCGGGUAAUACGUUUAGCAAUACACCUUCGCCAUCUUCAACCGCCACUUCACCCAUUGGCUUGCCCUGGGUGGCCAAGCCCAAGGUGGAUAACAGCGAUUUCCGACGUAAGGCGCACCACUUUGAAGAGAGAUCUUUGAGGGAUAACUUAGAGCAACAGCACCUCCAGCAACAGCAACAACAGCAACAGCCAGCCUAUCCCAAUGGCAAUAAUGGUUAUCUGCAGCGUCACAACUCUCUGCGUUCCAAGGCACCACAAUUGAGUGAGUUUAAGAAGAGACCAUCCCUGCCGAAUGCCAUGGAUCCGGGUGCAGCUGCACCACCCAGACAGGUGUAUCAAGCACCACCGCCACCCACUAAUAUCUCAUUUACGUACGCUGAUUUCCCACCAGUAAGACGGCAACAAGGUGCCAAUGCUCACAACUACAGGAGUCAGCCCUGCCUAACAAGUGCUGUAGAACAGGCCGAGGCAUUGACCAAUCCCCUUGGAGCACCUCUGGUACUCACAAGCUCUAAUCCCACAUAUCUUCCCCCACCCGGAAGCAGGAGAUUCGAUUAUAUUAGCAGUCCAGUAGAUGUGGAUGUUGAUAGUCCGCCUAAUAGUCCCACGAGUUUUAUGACCAUGCCCAAUCCCACUUUGAUGACAGACAAUACGGACGAUGAUCUCGAUCUGGACUCGGAUAACAAUAUGCUGGAGUACCGGGCUGAAACGAAGGUGAUGCGAAAGCCACGUAGUCAAACAGCUGUGAGGAUAGCGGACAGAAGAAAUGCCCAUAUGAGCGAUGAUGAGGUUUACGGAAAGAACUCAAGGGCAGCCAAGUCCUUGCUGUAUACGAUGAAACAUCUAGGAGGCGGUAAUGGUAAUCCACCAAUUGGAAGUACCAAUCAAAGAAGGCAACCAUUGACGGCUCCCAGUUCACCAAAGUCUGGAUGCCUGUCGCCCGAUGGUCGACAGUAUCAGGCGCCUCUGGUGGAACCACUCUUCCCACAAUUGAGCACCUUUGAGGCCAAGCGACAGCCACAGUUCACCAAUUCGCCCAUGUCUACGCCGCCAGCCGUAAGCAUGCCCCAGAUCAACUAUCAAGCAAAUCCCACAUACACACCGCCAAGAAGCAAUCAGGAUUCCAAUUCCUACUUGGGAGAGACCCAAACCUCGUACGUGGUCACAUAUCCCGUGGACGAUUCUGGUGAUGAACCCGAACCGGAAUCAAUGGCCACGUCAAUUAGCCAACGAUUGCGUCGAACUUCGGAACACUCGAAUGCCAGCUCUUCGCUAUCGCUGGGUAGCACCAGUUGGACAGCAAAUCCGGUGCAUAAUACAGUCCCGACGGUGAGUUCCAUGGGACCUCCGGUGGAUCGCAGCACAAAACCGCAGAUUAGCCAGCAAACGGGGCAGAGGAUGCCACAGCAGGCUCCUCAAAAGUCACAGCCUCAGCAGAAUACUCAGCAAGUGCCUCAGCAGUUGCCUCAGCAGAUACCUCAGCAGAUUCCUCAGCAGGUGCAUCAGCAGGUUCCACAGCAGAUUCCUCAGCAGGUUCCUCAGCAGAUUCCUCAGCAGAUUCAUCAGCAGGUGCCUCAGCAGUUACCUCAACAGUUGCCUAAGCAGUUACCGCAACAGAUUCCUCAGCAGUUGCCUCAACAGAUCCCUCAACAGAUCCCUCAACAGAUCCCUCAGCAGUUGCCCAAGCAGCUACCCCAGCAGAUCCCUCAGCAGUUGCCUCAGCAUAUCCCUCAACAAUUACCUCAACAGUUGCCACAACAGUUGCCUAAGCAGUUGCCGCAACAGAUCCCUCAGCAGUUGCCCAAGCAGCUACCUCAACAGAUCCCUCAGCAGCUACCAAAUAAUCUGCCUAAGCAUGCUCCCAGGUUAAGUUCCCGUAGUCAUACCAUCCAGGGAGAUUCAGGCUAUGAGAAUCGUCCUCUGCAGAAUCGUGUGAUGUCCCAGCAAACCCUAAACUCCAGCAUUAUUACCAGCAAUAAUAGCACCACCAUUCAGAAACAGCAGAAGGAGCAGCACAUCAACGACCUGCGCCGCAAGAGUUUGGGUAAUGUCCUGGAGAGCAGUCACAGAAGUACCUAUUCCUUUGAACAGGAAUACAAAUCCUCGGCACCACCCGAUACGCCGGACAUUGUGAAGUCAUCGCUACCCAAGGAGAAUGCACCACUGCUGAAGAAAUUCGGGCCACCACAGCGUCAUCAUUACAUGCCCAAUUCGUAUCAAAGUCCGCAGCUGAAUAAGCAGGGCAGCAUAACAAGUAGCAACGCCACUAGCAGCACCACAAUGAGUAGCACCACAGUGGUGCAGCAGCAGCACCAGCAGCAGCAUCAGCAAAUCAAGCCAAGUAUUGUGGAAACUCCGGCAACACCACAGCCACAAGUUCCGCCCGAAGACGAGAUCCCACACAACAUAGUUUUUAACAAUGUAAGUGCCUUUACUUCGAUGAGCCGGAGGAAUCACGAGGAGGACACGCACCAGGGAACGCAAGCAGGAUCACGGAUUAAUCGACUGAGCAAGUGCGAUUCGUGGAAUCAAAUCUGCCAGCUACAACAGACGACGGGUCCAAGUCCGGCAAAGUACAACCAGCCGGGUUCACCCGGCGAACUGAGACGCAGCAAGUCCGGACACUCACUGGCAGUACCGAAACUUUACGAAGCGGGCAUUGAUAAGGCCCAAGUUAGUGAAAAACAGCGGACGGUGGCUGCCUAUUUCUCAGGUAACAAGUCACCGACUGGCGGUCAAGUUGAGGAGCUACGCACCACGGUGACAUCGACCUCCAGUCGAAAAUCAGCCAUUAAUCGCACCAAAACGAGUGAAAAACUCUCAGCGGCAGCACGAAAAUCGUUAAGCUCACUGACCACAUCGAAUGGUAAUGUAUCAACCGCUGGCUUACGUAGCGGUGGUGCACCCAUGAUAGGUGGUGGCCUCAGUCGCAGUGCCACAAUGCCGCACAUCGCCAAUCUCAAUCUGCUGGACGAAAGCAAUGUGGAGGAUGCCUUCGAGCAACUAAUGAUGGCAGCCCAGCAACACAAGAGCUCCUCGACCAGCGAACAGCGAACGGAAACUAAGUCCAAGGAUGGCGGUGCCACUGUGACCACAACAACAACAAAGGUUACCACACGCAGUGUCAGUGGAAGCGCUGCCUCCAAGAACAUCUCGCCCUUGGCUAAAUUCAAGCAGCUUGACAAGCAGGCUGCCGCCCAGCAGGCGCAAAAAUCAUCUCCAACAACAAGCACACCCACGACCCCCGGCGGUUCGGCACAACCGUUGUUCAAAUUUACCGAUCCGGCAUUAAAUGCGCGCGCCGCCACUGUCAAGGAUCAACUUCUGCAGUGGUGUCAGCAUAAAACGCAGGAAUAUGAGAACGUCCAAAUAAGCAACUUUAGCUCGAGCUGGUCAGACGGCUUGGCCUUUUGUGCGCUGAUACACCAUUUCUUGCCAGAUGCAUUUGACUACACCACACUAACCAAGCAGACGCGACGACACAACUUCGAGCUGGCCUUCAGCGUUGCUGAUGAGAAGGCUGGCAUUGCACCACUGCUAGAUGUUGAGGAUAUGGUGGAGAUGAGUCGACCCGACUGGAAGUGCGUGUUCGUCUACGUCCAGAGCAUAUAUCGCCGUUUCCGGAACUGUCAAUAAGCAGGGUAGCCCAUCGAAUGCAGUGGCAGCAGCAACAGCAGCAGAAUAGUCCAAAUCCAGACCCAAGUCCAAGUCAACUCAACAGCAACAGCAGCAAACUCAUUAAAUCUUAAGAAUACCACUCACAUCCCCUUUUGGCAUUUUGUGUUAAGACACACCCCCAUGUAAUCAUGUAACCCAUGAAAAACCUUACGUCUAAAUGUAUACCCACUCAAGAAUCUGUCAUCCUGCGAAUAUCUAACUGUAUAAUCGGCAUAUGUAUAUUCUUCAACUGAAGCGCAAAAUGGCUCGUCGAACGUGAACAGCCGACUCUUUGUACGUUUUUUGUGUUUGUUUUACCUUUUACCCCCAUUUUUUACUAUUAUUACGAUUACGCAUAUUAUUAUUUGUUAUCGAACUUGAAAGCAGAAACUAUGCAAAUAAUUGUUGAUUUAUAUAUUUUUUUUGUCAUAAUUUUAAUUGUGGAAAGAUAAAGAAGAAGAAGAAAAAGAAAAAGAAGAUGAAGCAGAAGUGCAGCUACUAACCCUGCUGGCGGUCAUCGACCAUGGAUAAAGUAUAUAAGCUACGUCUCGAUGCCGUCGCUCUACAUUGAUGAAUUACUGUAAUAAUAAACAUAUUAUUCUAUGUACGUACGUGUAACGAGAACGAAACAUUUACUAACCGAUGGCAUUGAAAAGGCCGCAAAGAAAUAAUAAAAAAAUAAAACAAAUGAAACCCA